UAUGCUCCACCCAAUCCCACCCUAGCCCCUCUAAAUGACAGACAUAAAAUUGUACAAUUAUGUUAGGCUAAAGAUUUUUCUAAAUUUAAAAAGGAAGACACGGGUUUGUUUCGUCACAAUCAAUAGAAGCAUUGCACAGAUGGCCGUAUCUGUAUUAGUGGUUGUCCAGUUUCUGAGUUUGUUUUUAUCAAAUGGAAAAUGUUUACAACUGAAUGAAGAGGGUAAGACAGAAACAUUAUCUGUUGUAGUAGAUUCCAAAACACACAAACAGGCAGACAUUAUACAGAUAAUAGAACCACCGAAAUCUGUUCAAGAUUCACAAAAACUGAAAAUAUCGUACCACUGCAGCAACGACAAAGUGUUGGGAAUAGAAAUCAUCGCAAACACUGCCACUCAUAAGAUAAGACUAUUCCAUAAAGCAUGGAAAUGCAAAAAGACAAAAGAAAUCAACAGAGUAUUAACAGUUAAAACACAUUUUCCGUACAGAUAUGCGUAUCAGCCGGAUAUAUUUCAAGGAAAUUAUGAAUUUUUGUCGGACACUAAAAUCCGUGUGUGGAUUUUGGACGAAUGGCAAUGGAAGACAGCAAAACGCAACCUCGACGCAUUUAUGCGAGCUUUUGUGAAAGCUAGUUAUCUUGUGGAAUACUCGCCACCCUUUUCCAGACCAAAAAGGAAAUUUAAAGAUGUUUGUGUGCCAUGGAAUGCUCAGUUACUUUUGGAUAGGUUCCUAAAAUUAAUACCGACAUGUCCACUCGAAAAAGAUACUGUUGAGAUUAUAAAGUUCCCGGCUGUGAUGAAUGGCCUUCCUUACGGCAUUGUGAGAACAUUUCAACCUUACAGAGAUUCUGACCUAGAAAAACGGAGACUGGUAAUGUUACAGAGACCAAGCUUUACCCUGUCUGUGUGGCUGUAUGUGUUGGAAUACUGUCGGGACGGACUAUGUGGCAUCAUCACUAGAAUGGACAAGACGUCACGUUAUCUUACGCCAUUGAUUUUUCUGACAAAAGAUGGUAGUUUCCACAUCCAGAUCACCCAACCUCAUGGACAAGAUAUCGCAGCUAUCACCAAUUUCAAAGUACCUCUGCACCAAUGGUUCAGAUUCGUCUUUACUCUUGAAAACCAAAUGUGGAAAAUAACAUUUCAUCAUGGACCCAGUUUCAAUAAAACAUUUCAAACGUCAUUUCAUAUCCCCGGAGCAGUCUACAUGAACGACACAGAUGGACUGAUGGUGAUUGGGGGAACGGAAGGCAUGCCUGCCUUUAGAGGUUAUAUAGGUCAAGCCACAUAUUACAGACAUCAGAUCAAACAACCCAACCAAAUACCUUUCCCAGGUUCCCAACAUCCAAUGUUUGAGCUGCAGCUAUCGAGACGGGAGGACAAAUGUCUCUCUUUCCUACAGUGGACGAAAGAGAGACUAAGAAUUUACAAACUUAGAAGACAACGUGACGAAUACAGAAGGAGUUCUUUCCAAUACUUUGCAAACAUCCGUCAACGAACGUUGAACCAAAUUUCAAAGAACGAAUCCUGUUCCUACCUGGAUGGUCCUGCACCGAAGAGUUACAGAAUUCUGGAUAAAGUGCUCAGAAGAUUCCCUUUGUCCCCAGAUAAAAGUGACUUGAGUUUGAAACUAAUAGGUUCCAGGCUAUAUAAUGUUUUAAAAAAGAAAAUAGACUCUGAUGUUAAGCGUACUGGCAGACUUUUACCAGUGUUGAAACAAAGUGCAUGUCUGGGAGACAACGAUGCAAUGUUUCUAGUGGCAGUUAUCCUGAACAACGGUUUUCUUGUUAAAGCCGACGAAAUGCAGGCUUUGGCUUACCUUAUGAUGGCCGCGUUGGACAACCACAGGCUGUCAUUUCUGGCAAUUGGAAAUAAACACAAAAACGGACUGGACACAUUGCCAUUAGAUCUGGAACAAGCAUACAUGUAUUUCAAAUAUGUAGCUGAUACGACGAGAGAAGACCGUGAAAAACAUAAAGAAACCGAUGUCCUCACUGAAUCAAUACGUCUGACAGAUGACGCCAAUCUUCGAGAGCAGACGGACGAAAAUGGCGAUGUAUUUCAUUGGUGGAUCCAUCAGGCAAAGAAAGGCGUGUUUACGGCUCAGCAACACGUUGCCCGGAUGAUGUUUUGGGGUACACAGGGUAUAAAACGUAAUGUACAAGCAGCAGUCGAAUAUUAUAAGAUGGGCGUGGAAUCGAAGGAUCCCGCCGCCAUGUAUGAUUACGGUGUUCUAAUGAUGAGGGGACAAGGGGUGAAGAAAAACGUAUCUGAAGGUUUAUCACACAUUAGAAAAUCUGCAGAACAGAAAAAUCCAGAAGCAUUGAAUGCCCUGGGAUGGUAUGCGAUGAACUUUGGUAAGAAUUUCACUCAGGCAGCUGAGUAUUUUGAAGAAGCAUAUCGCCAUGGUAACCCAGAUGCUGCUUUUCAUCUUGGGAUUCUGCAUCUCCAUGGAAACUAUCCAAACAAAACAGCUGACCCUGAUUUAGCGUUGCAGUACUUUAGUUACGCGGCUGUUAGAAAUCAGUUUGAUGCGGGAAUAAGCUUGGCCUAUCUUCACCACAAGGGGACCCCUCGCUCCACUAGAAACAUAGAGAUGGCUGUAGAAUGGGUUAGAUUUAUUGCCGAGAAGAAUCCACAUAUAGGACUAGUUCUUCGAUCUGGACUGCAUUCAUACAGACACGGUGAUCAUUUUCUUGCCAUGUUGUAUUAUAUGAUGGCGGCUGAAGCUGGGAUAGAAGUGGGGACGUUCAAUUUGGCGUGGCUUUGUGAAGAAAAUAAAGAUGGGAUUUCCUCAUUCAUUGAGAAAGAUUGUCAAUGGAGAAACUACAAUCUCUCUACAAGAAGAGAAAAUCAUUUUGUGGAUUCCUAUGCUUUUCUAAAAAUGGGGGACUAUUAUUGGUACGGUUGUGAAGGACAAAGGGACGUCGACAAAGCAGCGGAAUUCUAUACUCUGGCUGCGUCCAAAGGAGACCCUCAUGGCAUAUUCAACCUGGCUUAUAUUUUCGAAGAAGGUGCUAAAAUAUUACCACACAUAUGGCAGAAGCUAGGGAUACCAAACUACCAACAAAGUUCUAAAUUUGAAAUCCUUCAUCAUCUUUACUCAAGAUGUCGAGAUUCUCCAAAAACAGAAGCAUAUGUACCUUGUACCGUGUCUUUGUAUAGAAUUAUUCUCAGAAAAAGUUGGCAGGAAAAUGAGAUGAUGAUAAAGAUAACCAGUUUUGUUGUAGUUCUGUUCUCAACCAUUGGUAGUAUUUAUUUUUUAGUGUUUUAUUUAAGGAACCAUGUAAAUUAUCAUGUAAACUAUGCAGAUGUUUUAUAGAAUAAAGAAAAAAA